AGAGAAUCCCAAUCUGUACACCAUCGAGAAAAAAGAAAAGAGAGGAAGAAAAACACCGAGAAUCGCCAAGAAUCGCCAAGAUGCCUCUCGUCGCUGCAUCUCCAACUCACCGAGUGAUCCUAGGGCUCAUGACCUUUGGCCCUGAUGAAUCCACAGGUGCCCGCAUCACGUCUCCGGAGGAAUAUGGCAAGGUCCUCGACCUCUUCCAGCAGAGGGGCUAUAAUGAGGUCGACACUGCUCGCGCCUACAUCGACGGCAAGCAGGAAGCCUUUACCCGCGAGGCCGGCUGGAAGGAGAGAGGCCUGACUUUGGCCACCAAGGUCCAGUAUCCAUCACAGCCCGGCGAGAAUGCCGCUGAUAAGGUGGUUGAGAGCGUUGAGACGAGCUUGAAGGAGCUAGGCACAGACUGUGUCGACCUCCUGUACCUUCACGCCGCCGAUCGAGGCACCCCUUUCGCCGAGACCCUGGAGGCGCUCGACAAGCUCCACAAGGCCGGCAAGUUCGUUCGCCUCGGAAUCAGCAACUUCACCUCCUUCGAGGUGGCCGAGAUCUGCAUGACGUGCAAGUACAACGGCUGGGUGAAGCCAUCAGUUUACCAAGGCAUGUAUAACGUGCUGACCCGGGGCAUCGAGACUGAGCUUAUCCCCGUUUGUCGGCGCCACGGCAUCUCGAUCGUGGUGUACAACCCAAUCGCGGGAGGACUGUUCUCUGGCAAGAUAAAGAGCAAGGACAUGGUUCCUGCCGAAGGACGGUUCUCGGACACUGCACAGAGCGGCAAGAGGUAUCGCGGGAGGUACUAUCGUGACAGCACGUUCAACGCGCUUAGGGUGAUUGAGCAGGCGGUCGAGAAACACGGCCUGACCAUUAUCGAGACAGCGCUGAGAUGGAUAGUGCACCAUUCCGGGCUCCAGAUCAAGAACGGCAACGAUGGUAUCAUCAUUGGCGUGAGCUCGAGGGAACAACUGGGCAACAACCUCGACAAUAUCGAGAAAGGCCCGCUGCCGGACGAUGUCAUCAAGAGCCUGGACGAGGCGUGGCAAAUCUCCAAGAUCGAUGCCGUCCCCUACUGGCACGGGAACGUCGAAUACCAAUACGAUACGAAGCAGGUUCUGUACGCUCCUGGGGCCAAGUAGAGGUGCGUCUUAGAAGAAGUGAAUAGAUCCGGCCCAGAUACAUGAAGUAGCUCGAGCAUGCCCCACCAUAGAAACAAUCCGAAAAUACAUACAUAC